CGGAGCCGGGGCGGGGCGCCUCCCAGGCCGCGCCCCGCGAGAGGAGGGGGCACCCCAAGAGCAGGCCUGGAAGCCCGGGAGCGCCUUGGGGAGGGGGUCCCCGCCCUGCCGGGAGCCCGGCCCUCCAGGUGCCGGGGUGGACACUGUUAGUGUAGUCAUUGUCCCGAUGGAGAAACUGAGGCACGGAGAGGCUGAAGUCACACAAACAAAGGCAGCCUUGUGGUGGGAGAAGGAGCAGGGUGGGCUUCCCUCUCAAUCUGGCGAGCCUGGAGAAUUCAGGAAGCUGAGCUUUUUAGCAAGGGCUCAGGAGAUGGAGUUACCUUUCUUCCCCAACAAGAGCCUGUUAAUGCUCUAACUUCUGAAAUGAUUACUGCAAAGAAAUUAAACCUUGGAUCGAGUCAGCCACAACAUCUCUACCCGUGGUGCGGGGACUAUUAAAACACAGUGACUUCCUCUGCCUGCCCUCACACACACAGUGAUAGCUGCUGGCCCUCCCAUUCUGCAGAACCUUGGGCUUGUGUCUCAGUGAAACCUGCCUCAUUGUCUGAGAUGUCACCGAAGUUCUUGGUCUCAUGGCCAAGGAAUCAAGGACGCAGACACUCCAGAGGGCCCGCCACGAUGACCAUCAUGGUGGAGGACAUCAUGAAGCUGCUGUGCUCCCUUUCUGGGGAGAGGAAGAUGAAGGCAGCUGUCAAGCACUCUGGGAAGGGUGCCCUGGUCACAGGGGCCGUCGCCUUCGUUGGGGGUUUGGUGGGCGGCCCACCGGGACUCGCCGUUGGGGGGGCUGUCGGGGGGCUGUUAGGUGCCUGGAUGACAAGUGGACAGUUUAAGCCGGUUCCUCAGAUCCUAAUGGAGCUGCCCCCUACUGAGCAACAGAGGCUCUUUAACGAAGCCGCAGCCAUCAUCAGGCACCUGGAGUGGACGGACGCUGUGCAGCUGACCGCCCUGGUCAUGGGCAGCGAGGCCCUGCAGCAGCAGCUGCUGGCCAUGCUGGUGAACUACGUCACCAAGGAGCUGCGGGCCGAGAUCCAGUAUGAUGACUAGGCCAUGCCUUCGGGGAGGUGGGGGGGCCCCUUUAGAUGACUCUGUGACUCUGAAGAGGUGGCUUGGGAGUUGGGAGAAGCCCAGUGGAUGCCCCUGGGGAAUCUCCACAUCAUCAGUGUAUUACUAGUAACGUCCUGCUGGAGAGGCCACCUCUGUGCAGUGUCAUGUUCCAGAAAUUACUGAUGAAGCAGUAUGUGUUGGUGGCAUGUGCACUGGCGUGCCAUGACAGCCCUCUGACUGGCCCCCCAGCGAAGAGUAAAGGCCUGCCUGCCGCAGGCUUCAGAGGCGUCUGCUGAGUCCUCUCACCCGCGUGGGUCUGGGGAAGUGAUCACGCUCACCCGACGGUCUGACCACACUUCAUCCUCUCCCCGGGGACUUCUCAUCUUGGGAGAUGAUUCCUCUUCCGAGCACCUGCUGCAGGACUGGAUCCCACCCCCUGCAGGCCCUGGGGUCUCAGGGCCUUGGAGCAGCCCAUGCUGGAAUCAUGUUUACCUCGUAGUGCAGCCCUCCCCUACCCAAGGACUGCCGAAUGGCCCCAUGGAGGGGACGGGCGGCCUGCUGAGUGAAGCCUCAAAUACCGAGUGGACUUGAACCCGGCCCCCGCUAGGCUGCACACCUAGACUCGCCCUGCCAGGGCCUCGCUCUUCCCAUCUGAAAAGUCAUGGUAGUUCUUGAGGUUUACUUCUCAAAUGAGAUAUUUUUAGUAAAAAGUACAGGCAUAUCUCGGAGAUAUUGUGGGUUCAGUUCCAGACCACCUCGGUAAAGCCAACAUCACAAUAAAGCAAGGAAGCACAUUGUUUUAGUUUCCCAGUGCAUCUAAAAGUCAUAUUUACCGCAUAUUGCAGUCCAUUAAAUGUGCAAUAGCAUUAUGUCUAAAAAAUGUAGAAACCUUAAUUUAAAAAUAUUUAUUGUUCAAAAUGCUGACACAGAAACACAAAGUGAGCACAUGCUAUUGGAAAAUGGUGCCAAAUAGACUUGCCUGACGCCAGGCUGCUACAAACCUUCAAUUUAAAAAAAAACACAGUAUCCACAAAGCAUAGUAGAAUGAGGUAUGCCUGUAUUGCUCUUUCUGAAGUGGUGUGAUAUAAACCAUCUCUAAGAAAUGUUUCUACCCUAAAGAUUUCCCCAGUACAGUCAGCUCUCUGUAACUGUGGGCUCCACAUUUAGAUCCAACCAGCCUUGGAUAGAAAAUAUUUGAAAAAAAAAAUUGCAUCUGUACUGAACAUGUACAGACCUUUUUUUCUUGCCAUUAUUCCCUAAACAAUAUGGUGUAGCAUAUUUACAUAGCAUUUAUAGUGUAUUUGGUAUUAUAGGAAAUCUAGGGGUGAUUUAAAUUAUACAGGAAGGUGUGUGUAGGUUAUAUGCAAACGCUGCGCCAUUGCCCAUCAGGGACUUGAGCAUCCUCAGAUGUUGGUGUCUGAGGGUUGAGGUUGCAGUCCUGGAACCCAUCCCCCAUGGAUACUGAGGCAUAGUUGUACUGUGUGUUUUCACUUCACUUUCAGAACUACAACUUGAAUGUGAUCGAUUACAAUAAAUGUUUUUCUAAAAA